GUGAAGGGUUUGUGCAUCACUUCGUUGCCAUCACCGACCGCCAUGAGUAUUUACAGACCCGAGGAUGAACUCGUCCAGCAGGAGCAACAGUCGCAAGGAGAUACUGCUGGUACGACAACAACGCCGCUUGUGUUCCCACUGUUGACACAUCAACGACUCGAGAACUGCGCUUUUUCAUCCUGGUAUCCGUCGUUUCGCGGCAUCACGAUCAAAUCCAAGAUCAUACCCUUGCCAGAGGAUUUUAUCGAAUAUCUCAAUGCGGACGGGGUCUUUAUUCCUGGACAGACCGGGAUUACGAUGGCGUUGAGCGACAGUGAAAGUGAAGAUGAAUAUGAAGGAAACGGGAUCAGUGAUAUGGAUCGGUUCAAGAAGCUUCAGGAGGAAACGUUCCGCCAGGCGCAGGAACAUGAUAGCGACAGCAACGAUGAUGAUGAUGGGGACGACGGUGCGGGUGAAGAGGCACAAAUGCCUCACUUUCCCGGCUUGGAACGGCAGAUCUGUAACUCCAUCUCUGAUCUCGGCGGUGAGGUCUUUCCGAAACUCAAUUGGUCCUCUCCCAGAGAUGCCUCCUGGAUCGCGACGACCAAUACGCUCAAAUGCCACACACCCCAGGAUAUCUUUCUUCUCCUCAAAUCGUCCGACUUUGUUGCGCAUGAUCUUGCGCAUGCGUACGAGGAUUGUUCGGAUAAGGCCCUUACCAAGGAUGGAGAAAAUGUCGGCGGUGGGGGAGGGGUGAGGAAGAGGCCGGAGACGGUGGAGUUGGUGCUGAGAAAGUGGUUUGAUUUGGCACCCUCGAUGGAGUUUCGGUGCUUUGUCAGGGAUAAUAAGUUGAUUGGUAUUUCGCAGAGAGAUAUGACAUACUACGAGUUCUUGAAGGGCAUCCAGGAUGAAAUUGAGCAAAAGAUUAUCAACUUUUUCGAACAGAAAAUCAGCAGCAAUUUUCCAGAUCCCGACUACACGUUCGACGUAUACAUCACCCGGAACCGUGAACGCAUCUACGUGAUCGACUUCAACCCCUUUGCUCAAAAGACGGACCCUCUGCUCUUUGAAUGGGAAGAACUUCUUUUGGCCCAGGAACGGAUGUCUUUGAGAUUACUUCCUUCGGAACAAGCAAGCCAACAUAUGCGCCAGCCCUUUGCCUUUAAUCGCUAUCCCGCUGACGUGACCGAUCUCUCUAACGGGCAGACCGUUGCGGACUUUGCAGAGGCCUUUUAUAAGAAAGUCCAGGCUGCUGCUUCCAAAUGAACAGCGUCAAUCUCAACUUUGCAAAAAAAAAAAAAAAAGUUGCUGUUUUUUUUUUGUUCUGUUUUUU